UGUCACUAGGACCAGGUCUCUGUCACUAGGAUCAUGUCCCUGUCACUAGGACCAGGUCCUUGUCAGUAGGACAACGUUUCUGUCCCUAGGGCCUUGUUCCUGUCCCUAGGACCAGGUUCCUGUCACUAGGACAAAGUCUUGUCACCAGGACCAGGGACCUGUCAGUAGGACCAGGUUGUCCCAUGGGGAUAACCCAUCCCUGCGGAUGAAGACACUCUGUGACCUUGGCAUCAUGACCUUUACCCCUAAAUCUUCAUAACUCAGGUUCUCAGCUCGCCCUGCGUGUCUCUGCCUGGCAGCAACCAGCACCCUGUGUGUGGGUGCCCUGGCCUGGGCCCCUCUCACCAACCUCUCCCAUCUACGGGCAAAGCGUCAAGCACCUCACGUGCGCCGUAGCCCAGGGAGCUGUGCUGGACGAGCUGUGUUGCCAGACCAUUGAGAAACGGGCGGGUGGCUGCUGUGCUUGGCAGGAGCUUGUGUCUCCUGGCUGGUGACAGCCCCAGGCCCUGCAGGUGGGCAGGGCUUCCUAAAGUGGGUCUUCCUGAGCCACUGCUGGGGGCCCCCGGGGGUUGCCGGCUCCUACGCCCAUCUGUGGUUCUCCGCGCAAUGCUCCAGCCUCCGCAGGGCUGGCUUGGGGGCUGUGGUGCCGCCGGGAUCCUUCCAAGCUCUAUCCCAAGCCCUGUCCAGGGUAGUGCCCUCCACCUGGAGGGGCAGCCUGCAGCCCUCCCGGAGUCCCUGGAGCCUUCCUGGGCCACCCCACAUCGUGUCCUCACCUCGGAGCACACCUUGAGCCCGUGCUGCUCACCAUGACCAGGUGUGGCCGCAGAUGGAGGGAGCACCUGCUGAGACAGACCCCACUCCUGGGCAGGCAACACUGGGCAUCUUGCCACCGCUGCAGGCAGGGACGGCUCGUGCGUCCUGGAGACGGAGGCGUCCCGAGGAUCGGACGAGGCCUGGCUCUGCACAGACCGUGGGUUCGCCCAAGCCCUGGGGACAGUGCCCCUCCAGCCAUCGCCCUCGGACUCAGAGCCAAGUGGAGGACAUGCCUGUGGAGGCCCUGCGCCUGGCAGGAUGUGACUGGACCCUCAGAGGCAGCCUGCCCAGCCCACAGUGGGCAGAAGGAAAAGGAGGAAAGGGAAGGAGCUCCGGCUCCUCCGGGUCUCCACGGAGCCCACAGAUGCCCGGGCACCCGGGACGCCCAGGAGCACCAGUUAACAUCACUAGGCAGCCACAGAGAUGGGACGGAGCAGCAAGAGAGCGUGAAGACCUGUCUGCAGGUGGCACUGCGGCCCCAGGUCCCGCACUCAGAGCCCCACAAAGGCAGCAGGGGACAUCGGAUGCUGACUGGAGAAGGGGUGAGGGGUGCUGGCGUCCAACAGGCCAUACCACCUGUAAGGACCAGCACUGACGCCUCGGGAACCCGGGGCCAGCAUGGCCCCCACAGUGGGCGGGCCUCAGCUUCCUCUCAGCCCCUCCGGGGUCGCUUCUGCAGCAGCCGCCCAGACUGACUCUAACUCUUGCUGUUCUGAGAAGUCCCCUCCAGAGCACAGGCAAGGCACAGAGCAGGAGAGCGCACACGGGUGGGGUCACACCGGGCCGGUCCUGUGACUCAGUUUCUUUUUACGUCUGUUGUGGCUGGCUGCGCUUUCUUUGUGGCCCAUGGAGCCCUGGGCACUUGUCUUCUGGUAAACCAGGUAGUGAAAAGAUCACCCUGGUUGUGUUCCUUUUACCAUUUGAGUCAAAAGGUGACUAGUCCAUUUUUCAAAAUGAGUACAAAUGCUCUUGACAUAAAUUCAGUGAUUUUAUCUAUA